AGAGCCAGGAGCACCGCCACCACCAGUACAACCAGUACCACCAGUUCCCCACCAGUGAGAGCGUCCCUGGGAGCAGAUCAGCCAAGUAACAACGACCCGUAAAGCAGAGCCGCACAAGUCUGUAGCCUCGCGUGUAGACAUGAAGCUGGAGAGCCCCAGUGCCGACUCGCAGCUGGAGUUUGUGGUGGCCACCGAGAAGGAGUUCGAGGAGAUCCUGGCCAUGUCGAAGGGCAUCUACGGGGGGUUGGACUACCUCCCCAGCCGCUACCAUGCCUGGAUCCGGGAGCCCAACCGCACCGUCGUGCUGGCCAAGAAGAACGGAGCUGUGAUUGGGCUCCAGUCAAUCUACAUCAUCGACUCCGGGGAGACGGCCUUGGUGGAGGGGCUCCGCGUGGCCCCCUGGGAGCGAGGGAAAGGGGUGGCCGGGGUCCUCCAGCGAUUCUGCUCAGAGAUGGUCAAGGAGAAGCACCCCGAGGUCAAGGUGUCGCGCUUGACCCGGGACGACAAGCUGGGACCCAAGGACUUCAAGAAGUACCGUGUCAUCGCAAAGCAGGGGAUCCUGCUGGUGCGCUUUGAUGCCCAAGAGCUCCUCUCUCGCCUGGACGCUGUGGUGCUGGCGCUGGCCGAGAGCGGCUUCUGCCCGGAGCCCUCCGAGCUCCUCCUGGAGAGCGAGGUCCCUGAGGUGGUUCUGCGAGAUUCCUUCCAGCGGGAGGUUCUGCCCAACCAGACCAUCAUCCAGGACUGGCAACCCUUCAAGGCCACCGCCGGCAACCUGGGCCUGCUGAUGAAGAAGGACCUCUGCUGGGUGGUUGACCAGAAGGCCCGCCCCACCGUGGCCACCCUCAGCACCCGGCCCUUCCCCAUCCCGCUGGGAGAGGACUGGUUCUACCUCAACAUCGACGCCUUCGGGCGCAACCUGGCGCAUGUCAAGAGCCAGCUGCUCCACCACCUGCGCCUCCAGGUGCCCACCGCCCAGCAAGGGAAGGUCAUGUGCCAGCUGUUCCUGGAGCCAGCCCUGUGGUUAGACAUGGCCGCCUUCUGCCAAUCGGCCCUGGGCCUGGAGCUGGCCAAGGACUACACCGAACAGUACCUGCUGGAGUCCGACAUCUGAGAGGUUGGGGGAGGCCAA